UCCCCCCUCCCCUCCCUGUCCGGCAUCUGGUUGUCCCGCUAAAAGUUUCCUUGUUUCUGUCGGUUCUGUAUGAUCAGCUGUGAACACGACAGCUGUGUAGUACGCUCUAUCAAAAUCUCCUUAGUUUUAGUCUUGGAGUGACACCUCCAUCUCAGGUUAUUCGCAGUUGUAGAUUCAGAGAGUAAGUUCACUUCGGCAAAUGGGCAAAUGAUGCAACAUGGGUUAAGCACGUCGUGUGUUGGUUAUUUCCAAAGUUACCAGGCGGAAGAAUGCCACAUACAAACGGGCGCGUUGGGGGCCAUGGCGAUGUUGAAAUGCAAGAACAUGAAACUUUCCUCUUUACCUCAGAAUCUGUUGGGGAAGGUCACCCCGACAAAAUGUGUGAUCAAAUAAGUGAUGCCAUCCUGGACGCCCAUUUGAAACAAGAUCCAAAUGCCAAAGUAGCUUGUGAAUGUGUAGUGAAAACUGGUAUGGUCCUUCUCUGCGGAGAAAUUAAUUCUUCUGCUGUUGUUGACUAUCAAAAAGUUGUUCGUGACACCAUAAAUCAUAUUGGAUAUGAUGACUCCUCCAAAGGCUUUGAUUACAAGACCUGUAGCGUAAUGCUUGCUUUGCAUCAACAGUCAGAACAGAUAGCAGCGGGUGUUCACUUAAACCGCCGGGAGGAAGACAUUGGAGCCGGGGAUCAGGGUCUUAUGUUUGGCUAUGCUACUGAUGAAACUGAAGAAUGCAUGCCUUUGACAGUGGUUUUGGCUCACAAGCUGAAUCAGCGUCUAUCUGAUCUUCGUAGGGGUGGGGACUUCUGGUGGGCUAGACCCGAUUCUAAGACACAGGUUACUUGCGAAUAUUCCUUUGAAGAUGGAGCUUGUAUUCCCAAGCGAGUCCACACUGUAGUGGUCUCUGUCCAACAUUCAGAUAAAAUUGAACUUGAGACCCUCAGAGUUGAAGUUAUGGAGAAGGUGAUUAAGGCAGUUAUUCCUGCCAAGUAUCUGGAUGUGGAAACAGUUUAUCAUGUCAACCCUUGUGGACUGUUCGUAUCUGGUGGCCCUGAGAGUGAUGCUGGUCUUACAGGACGCAAAAUUAUUGUUGAUACCUAUGGUGGAUGGGGUGCACAUGGUGGUGGUGCAUUUUCAGGAAAGGACUUUACAAAAGUUGACCGAUCAGCUGCGUAUGCUGCUCGUUGGGUGGCAAAAUCUCUUGUCAAAUCUGGACUUUGCCGGCGAUGCUUGGUACAAGUAUCCUAUGCCAUUGGUGUAGCUGAACCAUUGUCUAUCACUAUUUUUGACUAUGGAACAAGUCACAAGACAACACGAGAGCUACUUGAAAUUGUAAAGAAGAAUUUUGAUCUAAGGCCUGGCAAAAUAGUUCAAGACCUUGAUCUGCGUCAGCCAAUAUAUCAGCAAACUUCAACUUAUGGGCACUUUGGACGUGACAUUUUCCCAUGGGAGAAGCCAAAAAUGCUUGCUGCCUGAAGGGUUUCCAAAUCUCAAGCCUUUUUUCCUUAAAUAUCUUUUUUUUAGUGUUACUCAGUUAAUAAUUUGUAUGUGAAUGAAUUUUUCCCUUUGAGGGUGUUACUGUUUGUGUUAUUUUAUUGAUCUGAAAUGAAAUGUUAAAACUGUCUUAAUGAUACUCCCAUUAGUACUUUAGGCUUUAACCAAUAAUUUCUCUCUUAACGCCUUCCUUUUUUUUAAAUGUUUAAAAUCGUUUUUAGAACGUAGGACACAUUAGGUUUCUAGUUUAUGUAAGAUUUUUAGACGUGAUAGGGUUUGAUUUAAAAUCCACAUUUUUACCUUGUUACCCUUGUUUAGUGAUUGUUCAACCCAGAAUUAAUUUUUAAUGAUGGCAUAUGUAUUCCAUUUAAUUUAAAUUUGAUUUUAUAAAUUAUUCUUUAUGUAAGACACCUCUCAGUAUUCCUACAGCAUGCCUAUCCUUUUUGUUGUUGGCUCAACUAGAUGGCACUUAGAAAUAAACCAAAUAAACAUCAUCUUA